AAGGAGGUGGUGCAGCUUUGUGCUUUAGCAGCGCUGUUCUACAGUGUCUGUUCUAUAAGCACAGCUGGGACCAAGUUUGCGACAGUCAUCACUGAGAAUUAUUCUAAUGCAUAUGGGCCAUCCACGUCUAGCCUGGUGUUUACUGCACAGUCCCUUGGCACAACCAUAGUGACAGUCUUUGGCCCAGGCCCUAGAUUUCCCCUCAAUCUGGAGAUUAACUCAAUAGAAAGCAAAGUUAUUUCACUCCCAGGAAACGUGGAGGUCGCGGGCACUGUCAAGUCCUCCAAUACCAUUGUAAUCGAGUCCAGCAAACCCAUCACUGUUGUUCUGCUGAACUCCAAGCCCAAAACAGCAGAUUCCACUGUUGUGUACCCUAUAAAUGAAUGGGGAGUAGAGUACUUUGCCCUCACCCCAGAUUAUCAGAAAGCCUCCAAACAGUUUGCCAUCAUAAAUGCAGAACAGCCAAACACCGUUGAGGUGGAUCUGAAAGGGGACGUGAGAUUUGAAGGGAAACAAUAUACAGCAGGUACAAAACUCACUGUGUCCCUUUCAAAGUUUGAAAGCUUUCAAUUGCAGAGUUCUAACGACUUGUCGGGCACUAGAAUCAAGAGUGAGAAACCAGUAGCUGUAAUCACUGGUCACACAUGUUCAAUGAAAAACUCUAAUUGCAAUACCCUUGUUCAGCAGCUGUUGCCCGUACCACAAUGGGGAACUACCUUCAUUGUGCCUCCUCUCCCUUAUCAGAACGAUUUUGAUCUAGUUUAUGUAACUGCAUCCCAGCAAACCAAUUUCCAGAUCCAAUCUGGAAGUGAACUCAAGUCACUAGCUUUAGAUCGUGGACAAAGUAUUUCACUUCCAAUAAGCCUCCACAAACCCCUAUAUAUACAUGCUUCAGCAGGCAUACAGGUCUUGUAUUACUGCACUGGCGGUAGAGUAGGUGGUCAAAUGUUUGACCCGUUUUUGAUGAAUAUUCUCCCCACUGACACAUUUUGCCAAAAAUAUUCUGUACAAGGCCAUGAAGGGUUUACAAGUCAAGCAAUGGUUGUGUCAAAGACCGCAGACAUCUCAGGAAUUAUGUUUGAUAAGAAAGUUCAAAGCCUUGUUUGGACUCCGAUCCCGGGCACAGAAUUCUCUUGGGCACUCUCUGACUUUGGAUCCCAGCCCAUACAACACGUUGUGGAGCACCCUACUGCUGCCAUUGGAGUCUACAGCAUAGGAAAAGCUGACCAGAAUGCAUAUGGAUCUUCUGCACCUUGUUACAAUCAUUCGGACUGUCUGGAGAUCACAGAUGGGAUCCAAUAUGCCACACUCAUCACACAAAAUUAUUUGCCAGGCAAUGAUCCCCAGUUUAACUUGUCUAUUUCCGCUCGCUCUGCAGCUGCCACUCAAGUAUCUAUAAAUGUACACAUGCCUGGUUUUCCUAUGUGUCUUGAACUUGAACAAAGCAGGAGCCAAGUGAUUUCACUUCCCCAGACCCUGGAGGUCCAAGGUAGUGUCAGGUCCUCUAACAUGAUUGUUAUCACAUCACAGAAGCCCUUGUCAUCCAUUCUUAUGAACUACAAGACCCGCACAGCAGACACCACCAUUGUAUACCCUGUUACAGACUGGGGUAAUGAGUAUUAUGUGGUUACUCCAAACUAUGGGGAUCUCUCCAAGCUUUUUGCUAUCAUGAAUUUGGAAAACUCAAACUCUGUUGAUGUGUACCUCACAGGGAAAGUGACCUUUAACCAGAUAACAUACAUAAAAGGGAGUAAACUCACAAUCUUUCUUUCCAAGUAUGAGAGUGUUCAGCUAAUGAGCAUGGACGACCUUUCAGGCACAAAGAUUGUUUCCACUAAACCUGUCGGUGUAAUAGCGGGCCACGUGUGUUCCAAUCUCAAUGUUAGGUGCAACGUUCUCUUUGAGCAGCUGCUACCUGUAACCAGGUGGGGAUCAUCCUUUAUUGUACCACCUCAACCUUAUCAGAGGAAGGAUGACUAUGUUUAUGUUGCUGCCUCGCAGUCCACUGAUGUUCUAAUUCAGUAUGGAGAUAAAAAGGAUUCCAAACAGCUCAAAAGUGGAGAGGUUAUCUCUUUGAAAAUAGACGGAACCACUCCCCUUUACAUCACAGCAUCCCGAAGUAUCCAGGUCAUGUUCUACAGUACUGGAGGAUCAAGAGGCGAGUGGGGCUUUGAUACAUUUUUAAUGAACGUUGUCCCAACCAACUUGUUUUGCAGUAAAUACUUUAUUCAAGGCUACGACAAAUUUGAAAACCGAUUACUGGUUGUGGCAAAACCUUCAGACAUCUCAGAAAUACGCUUUGAUAACCAGUUGCUGUUGAAAACGGUCACGUGGGCCCCAGUAAAAGGCACUGAAUAUUCCUGGGCUCAUAUUGAAUAUGGUCAGGAGGAAAAACCACACUACAUAGAGCAUCCAAAAUCUUCAUUUGGUGUCUACAGCAUUGGGACAGUAUUAUAUAAUGGAUAUGGAUCCCCUGCACCUUGUGCAAUAGACUCUGUACCCAUAGACUCCUGUGAAAACAAGCAGUGCAGGACAGGAGAAAAGUGUCAGCCAGUAAACGGCCAGGCUACGUGUGUCCCAGUAUCCAAGGCAGAAUGUAUCGCUUGGGGAGACCCACAUUACCGCACCUUCGAUGGACGAAGCUUCGAUUUCCAGGGCACCUGUACCUACACCAUCGCCAAGACUUGCGGGAAUGAAACCCUGCCCAGCUUCAAUAUCGAGGCAAAGAACGAAAACCGGGGUAGCACACAAGUGGCCUACUUAAAACAUGUCAACGUCCAGGUCUAUGGCUUAACGAUAACUAUGGCCAAAUCUGAAAAUGGCAGAGUGAGGGUCAAUCAGAACAUGUAUUACUUGCCCAGCACGCUGCAGGAAGGAAAAGUAAAAAUCUAUCAAAGUGGAGGCCACGCUGUUCUGGACACCGAUUUUGGUCUCAGGUUGUCAUAUGACUGGAACCACCACCUCACUGUGUCUAUCACAAGCACCUUCCUUGGUCAGCUGUGUGGUCUAUGUGGUAAUUACAAUGGUGACUCAAAAGAUGAUUUCGUAAUGGUGGAUGGAAAAGAGGCCAACAAUGCUGCGUCCUUUGGGACAAGCUGGAAAGUUAAAGAUGAUGAUCCUGCAUGCUGGGAUGACUGCAAGGGAGAGUGCAAGACCUGCGAGUCCAACCUCAUCUCCAAGUACCAGGGACAGGAGAGCUGUGGUCUGCUGGCCAAAGUUGAUGGGCCUUUCAGGGACUGUCAUGCAGUCAUCAAACCAGAGCUCUUUAUGGACGGCUGUGUCUACGAUGUGUGUUUGAAUGACGGCUUUAGGGUUUUCCUCUGUCAGGCUUUGAAGACCUAUGCAGAUGCUUGCCAGGCAAGGGGAGUUGAAGUAUACAACUGGAGAAAGCAGUCCCAAUGUCCUCUGACAUGUCCUCCCAACAGUCACUACGAGUCCUGUGGCAGUGCCUGUCCUGCAUCCUGCUCCAACCCUAGUGCUUCUGUCAACUGCAAGUUGCCCUGCACCGAGACCUGCCAGUGUAACGAAGGCUUCGUUCUCAGUGCUGGAGAGUGUGUGCCUGUCAAGAAAUGUGGCUGCACCUACCAGGGCCGAUACUACCCACCUGGGGUCAGACUCUGGUCUGACAAUAGCUGCGAGCAAUCAUGCAUCUGUGACGCAGGCACUGGCAAAGUUCAGUGCAGAAACACAAAAUGCAAGCCCUUCGAAGUUUGUAAGGUAGUUAAAGGAGUAAGGGAUUGUUAUUCCAACAGAAAGGCAACGUGCAGUGCCAGUGGGGACCCGCACUACAUCUCCUUUGAUGGACGCAAGUUUGACUUCCAGGGAACCUGCUUCUACCAGCUAGCAGCUGUCUGCAAUUCCACUGAUGAACUGGAGAAGUUCCAGGUGCAGGUGCAGAAUGAGCACCGAGGCAAUAAGGCUGUGGCUUACACACGGCUCGUACAAGUCAACGUGUACGGCCACAUCAUCAUCAUCAGCACAGACCAUGCAGGGAAGGUCCAGGUGGACAACCUGUGGGAGAACCUACCCUUGAGCAUAGAAGACAACAGAUUAUCAAUCCAAAGCAAAGGCUGGAAAGCCAUCAUUCAGACCGGUUUCGGAUUGGAGGUGACUUUCGACUGGAACAGCCGAGUGACAGUCACUGUACCUGAAAGUUAUGCAGGCGCUAUGUGCGGUCUGUGUGGAAACUAUAACCAGGAUGGCAAGGAUGACUUGACUAUGAAGAACGGGCAGCUGACCCAAGUCCCAGCAGAGUUUGGAGCGAGCUGGAAGACAGAAAACAUCCCCGGCUGCAGUGACCAGUGCAAAGGAACGUGUCCAAACUGCGAUGUCACUCAGAAACGUCAAUAUGAGACCAAUGCAUACUGUGGCAUAAUGACGGAUCCGACUGGGCCGUUCAGAGAUUGCCAUGCCAAGGUGCCCCCUACAUAUUUCUUCGAUGACUGUGUGUUUGAUGCCUGCCUCUACAAGGGCAUGCAGACUGUUGUGUGUAAGGCUAUUAGUGGCUACGUCACCAAAUGUCAGGAGGCUGGAGCCCAGGUUUAUGCAUGGAGAAAAGACACAUUUUGCGCUCCUGUCUGUCCUCAAAACAGCCACUAUGAGUUGUGUGCCAGUGGAUGCCCAUCAACGUGUGCCAGUCUCACCACUGGCACCCAGUGCGAUGCUUUGUGUGAGGAAGGAUGCCAGUGUAAUGAGGGAUUCAUUCUCAGUGGAGUCCAGUGUGUUCCCAUUGCCCAGUGUGGCUGCAUGUACAGUGGCCGCUACUACAAGGCUGGGGAAAUGUUUUUCCCUGAUGGAUUGUGCACGAGUCAGUGCACGUGCGGUGCCAGUGGAGCUGUGCAGUGCCAGCCAAUCACAUGCGGGGAGAACGAGGCGUGCCAAGUAAAGAAUGGUGUGCAGGGAUGCCAUCCCCUAGGGGAGGGGAAGUGCACUGCUUCUGGGGACCCACACUACACCUCAUUCGAUGGGCUGAAAUUCGACUUCCAGGGCACCUGCACCUACACACUGGCAAAGCUCCUGUACACGAACGGCAGUCUUACACCUUUUGAAGUGCAGGUGGAGAAUGAGAGCUAUGGCAAAACGAAGGUGGCUGUCACUAGAAUGGUGGUCACUAAGGUGAAUGGUUACAGCAUCACUAUGGAGCAGAAGGUCCAAUGGAGAGUGAAGGUGAAUGGAAUCAAUACAAACCUACCCCUGAAACUGGACGAUGGAAAGGUUUCCGUGAUCCAGCAGGGUAAAAACAUCAUCCUUCAGACAGAGUUUGGGCUGAAGGUCCUCUACGAUUUGGUGUACUACGUGCAGGUGACCGUCCCUGGCAACUACCGGAACAAGGUAGGCGGACUUUGUGGCAACUUCAACGGCAACAAAAAGGAUGAGUUUGCACUGCAGGGUGGCGGACUCACAGAGAACGUCAAUGCCUUCGGGGCCAGCUGGCAAGUCUUUGUAGAAGGAGCCAAGUGCAACCAUGGCUGUGACCAGGACUGCCCCCGGUGUGACGAAACCAACAAGACCAAGUAUAGCAAAGCAGACAGCUGUGGGAUCAUCUCCUCCACAACGGGCCCCUUCGCAGCCUGCCGCUCCGUCAUCAGUCCUGACAUUUACUUUGAAAACUGUGUCUUUGAUGUAUGCGUCACCGACGGGCUGAGGGACAUCCUCUGUAGGAAUCUGGAAGCCUACACUGCUGCCUGCCAGGAUGCUGGAGUCAUCAUCAAGCCCUGGAGGAACGAUGGGUUCUGCUCAAUGACUUGUCCAAAGAACAGCCAGUACGAGGUUUGUGCGGACACCUGUGGCAGUGCUUGUGCAAGUAUCAUCGCCCCCCUCACCUGCACAUCUCAGUGUUAUGAGGGCUGCCAGUGUGACCCUGGCUUUGUGUUUGAUGGGGAACAGUGUGUAUCCUCUGGAAACUGUGGUUGUUCGCACAACGGGAGAUACAUGAAGGUUGGGGAGUCCCUGAUGUCUGCAGACUGCUCCAGGAAGUGCACAUGUAACCCCAAGGGAGCGGUGAGCUGUGAGACAAUCCAAUGCACCACAGGGUGUGCUGUGCACAACGGAGCCCAGAUCUGUUUAGAUGAGCUUGUGGAUCUAUGCAAAAAGAAGCAGUGCAGGAACGGGGAAACGUGCCAACAAGUGGACAACCAGGCUGUGUGCUUACCACUAUCGAAAGCGGAGUGUAUCGCUUGGGGAGACCCACAUUACCGCACCUUCGAUGGACGAAGCUUCGAUUUCCAGGGCACCUGUACCUACACCAUCGCCAAGACUUGCGGGAAUGAAACCCUGCCCAGCUUCAAUAUCGAGGCAAAGAACGAAAACCGGGGUAGCACACAAGUGGCCUACUUAAAACAUGUCAACGUCCAGGUCUAUGGCUUAACGAUAACUAUGGCCAAAUCUGAAAAUGGCAGAGUGAGGGUCAAUCAGAACAUGUAUUACUUGCCCAGCACGCUGCAGGAAGGAAAAGUAAAAAUCUAUCAAAGUGGAGGCCACGCUGUUCUGGACACCGAUUUUGGUCUCAGGUUGUCAUAUGACUGGAACCACCACCUCACUGUGUCUAUCACAAGCACCUUCCUUGGUCAGCUGUGUGGUCUAUGUGGUAAUUACAAUGGUGACUCAAAAGAUGAUUUCGUAAUGGUGGAUGGAAAAGAGGCCAACAAUGCUGCGUCCUUUGGGACAAGCUGGAAAGUUAAAGAUGAUGAUCCUGCAUGCUGGGAUGACUGCAAGGGAGAGUGCAAGACCUGCGAGUCCAACCUCAUCUCCAAGUACCAGGGACAGGAGAGCUGUGGUCUGCUGGCCAAAGUUGAUGGGCCUUUCAGGGACUGUCAUGCAGUCAUCAAACCAGAGCUCUUUAUGGACGGCUGUGUCUACGAUGUGUGUUUGAAUGACGGCUUUAGGGUUUUCCUCUGUCAGGCUUUGAAGACCUAUGCAGAUGCUUGCCAGGCAAGGGGAGUUGAAGUAUACAACUGGAGAAAGCAGUCCCAAUGUCCUCUGACAUGUCCUCCCAACAGUCACUACGAGUCCUGUGGCAGUGCCUGUCCUGCAUCCUGCUCCAACCCUAGUGCUUCUGUCAACUGCAAGCUGCCCUGCACCGAGACCUGCCAGUGUAACGAAGGCUUCGUUCUCAGUGCUGGAGAGUGUGUGCCUGUCAAGAAAUGUGGCUGCACCUACCAGGGCCGAUACUACCCACCUGGGGUCAGACUCUGGUCUGACAAUAGCUGCGAGCAAUCAUGCAUCUGUGACGCAGGCACUGGCAAAGUUCAGUGCAGAAACACAAAAUGCAAGCCCUUCGAAGUUUGUAAGGUAGUUAAAGGAGUAAGGGAUUGUUAUUCCAACAGAAAGGCAACGUGCAGUGCCAGUGGGGACCCGCACUACAUCUCCUUUGAUGGACGCAAGUUUGACUUCCAGGGAACCUGCUUCUACCAGCUAGCAGCUGUCUGCAAUUCCACUGAUGAACUGGAGAAGUUCCAGGUGCAGGUGCAGAAUGAGCACCGAGGCAAUAAGGCUGUGGCUUACACACGGCUCGUACAAGUCAACGUGUACGGCCACAUCAUCAUCAUCAGCACAGACCAUGCAGGGAAGGUCCAGGUGGACAACCUGUGGGAGAACCUACCCUUGAGCAUAGAAGACAACAGAUUAUCAAUCCAAAGCAAAGGCUGGAAAGCCAUCAUUCAGACCGGUUUCGGAUUGGAGGUGACUUUCGACUGGAACAGCCGAGUGACAGUCACUGUACCUGAAAGUUAUGCAGGCGCUAUGUGCGGUCUGUGUGGAAACUAUAACCAGGAUGGCAAGGAUGACUUGACUAUGAAGAACGGGCAGCUGACCCAAGUCCCAGCAGAGUUUGGAGCGAGCUGGAAGACAGAAAACAUCCCCGGCUGCAGUGACCAGUGCAAAGGAACGUGUCCAAACUGCGAUGUCACUCAGAAACGUCAAUAUGAGACCAAUGCAUACUGUGGCAUAAUGACGGAUCCGACUGGGCCGUUCAGAGAUUGCCAUGCCAAGGUGCCCCCUACAUAUUUCUUCGAUGACUGUGUGUUUGAUGCCUGCCUCUACAAGGGCAUGCAGACUGUUGUGUGUAAGGCUAUUAGUGGCUACGUCACCAAAUGUCAGGAGGCUGGAGCCCAGGUUUAUGCAUGGAGAAAAGACACAUUUUGCGCUCCUGUCUGUCCUCAAAACAGCCACUAUGAGUUGUGUGCCAGUGGAUGCCCAUCAACGUGUGCCAGUCUCACCACUGGCACCCAGUGCGAUGCUUUGUGUGAGGAAGGAUGCCAGUGUAAUGAGGGAUUCAUUCUCAGUGGAGUCCAGUGUGUUCCCAUUGCCCAGUGUGGCUGCAUGUACAGUGGCCGCUACUACAAGGCUGGGGAAAUGUUUUUCCCUGAUGGAUUGUGCACGAGUCAGUGCACGUGCGGUGCCAGUGGAGCUGUGCAGUGCCAGCCAAUCACAUGCGGGGAGAACGAGGCGUGCCAAGUAAAGAAUGGUGUGCAGGGAUGCCAUCCCCUAGGGGAGGGGAAGUGCACUGCUUCUGGGGACCCACACUACACCUCAUUCGAUGGGCUGAAAUUCGACUUCCAGGGCACCUGCACCUACACACUGGCAAAGCUCCUGUACACGAACGGCAGUCUUACACCUUUUGAAGUGCAGGUGGAGAAUGAGAGCUAUGGCAAAACGAAGGUGGCUGUCACUAGAAUGGUGGUCACUAAGGUGAAUGGUUACAGCAUCACUAUGGAGCAGAAGGUCCAAUGGAGAGUGAAGGUGAAUGGAAUCAAUACAAACCUACCCCUGAAACUGGACGAUGGAAAGGUUUCCGUGAUCCAGCAGGGUAAAAACAUCAUCCUUCAGACAGAGUUUGGGCUGAAGGUCCUCUACGAUUUGGUGUACUACGUGCAGGUGACCGUCCCUGGCAACUACCGGAACAAGGUAGGCGGACUUUGUGGCAACUUCAACGGCAACAAAAAGGAUGAGUUUGCACUGCAGGGUGGCGGACUCACAGAGAACGUCAAUGCCUUCGGGGCCAGCUGGCAAGUCUUUGUAGAAGGAGCCAAGUGCAACCAUGGCUGUGACCAGGACUGCCCCCGGUGUGACGAAACCAACAAGACCAAGUAUAGCAAAGCAGACAGCUGUGGGAUCAUCUCCUCCACAACGGGCCCCUUCGCAGCCUGCCGCUCCGUCAUCAGUCCUGACAUUUACUUUGAAAACUGUGUCUUUGAUGUAUGCGUCACCGACGGGCUGAGGGACAUCCUCUGUAGGAAUCUGGAAGCCUACACUGCUGCCUGCCAGGAUGCUGGAGUCAUCAUCAAGCCCUGGAGGAACGAUGGGUUCUGCCCAAUGACUUGUCCAAAGAACAGCCAGUACGAGGUUUGUGCGGACACCUGUGGCAGUGCUUGUGCAAGUAUCAUCGCCCCCCUCACCUGCACAUCUCAGUGUUAUGAGGGCUGCCAGUGUGACCCUGGCUUUGUGUUUGAUGGGGAACAGUGUGUAUCCUCUGGAAACUGUGGUUGUUCGCACAACGGGAGAUACAUGAAGGUUGGGGAGUCCCUGAUGUCUGCAGACUGCUCCAGGAAGUGCACAUGUAACCCCAAGGGAGCGGUGAGCUGUGAGACAAUCCAAUGCACCACAGGGUGUGCUGUGCACAACGGAGCCCAGAUCUGUUUAGAUGAGCUUGUGGAUCUAUGCAAAAAGAAGCAGUGCAGGAACGGGGAAACGUGCCAACAAGUGGACAACCAGGCUGUGUGCUUACCACUAUCGAAAGCGGAGUGUAUCGCUUGGGGAGACCCACAUUACCGCACCUUCGAUGGACGAAGCUUCGAUUUCCAGGGCACCUGUACCUACACCAUCGCCAAGACUUGCGGGAAUGAAACCCUGCCCAGCUUCAAUAUCGAGGCAAAGAACGAAAACCGGGGUAGCACACAAGUGGCCUACUUAAAACAUGUCAACGUCCAGGUCUAUGGCUUAACGAUAACUAUGGCCAAAUCUGAAAAUGGCAGAGUGAGGGUCAAUCAGAACAUGUAUUACUUGCCCAGCACGCUGCAGGAAGGAAAAGUAAAAAUCUAUCAAAGUGGAGGCCACGCUGUUCUGGACACCGAUUUUGGUCUCAGGUUGUCAUAUGACUGGAACCACCACCUCACUGUGUCUAUCACAAGCACCUUCCUUGGUCAGCUGUGUGGUCUAUGUGGUAAUUACAAUGGUGACUCAAAAGAUGAUUUCGUAAUGGUGGAUGGAAAAGAGGCCAACAAUGCUGCGUCCUUUGGGACAAGCUGGAAAGUUAAAGAUGAUGAUCCUGCAUGCUGGGAUGACUGCAAGGGAGAGUGCAAGACCUGCGAGUCCAACCUCAUCUCCAAGUACCAGGGACAGGAGAGCUGUGGUCUGCUGGCCAAAGUUGAUGGGCCUUUCAGGGACUGUCAUGCAGUCAUCAAACCAGAGCUCUUUAUGGACGGCUGUGUCUACGAUGUGUGUUUGAAUGACGGCUUUAGGGUUUUCCUCUGUCAGGCUUUGAAGACCUAUGCAGAUGCUUGCCAGGCAAGGGGAGUUGAAGUAUACAACUGGAGAAAGCAGUCCCAAUGUCCUCUGACAUGUCCUCCCAACAGUCACUACGAGUCCUGUGGCAGUGCCUGUCCUGCAUCCUGCUCCAACCCUAGUGCUUCUGUCAACUGCAAGCUGCCCUGCACCGAGACCUGCCAGUGUAACGAAGGCUUCGUUCUCAGUGCUGGAGAGUGUGUGCCUGUCAAGAAAUGUGGCUGCACCUACCAGGGCCGAUACUACCCACCUGGGGUCAGACUCUGGUCUGACAAUAGCUGCGAGCAAUCAUGCAUCUGUGACGCAGGCACUGGCAAAGUUCAGUGCAGAAACACAAAAUGCAAGCCCUUCGAAGUUUGUAAGGUAGUUAAAGGAGUAAGGGAUUGUUAUUCCAACAGAAAGGCAACGUGCAGUGCCAGUGGGGACCCGCACUACAUCUCCUUUGAUGGACGCAAGUUUGACUUCCAGGGAACCUGCUUCUACCAGCUAGCAGCUGUCUGCAAUUCCACUGAUGAACUGGAGAAGUUCCAGGUGCAGGUGCAGAAUGAGCACCGAGGCAAUAAGGCUGUGGCUUACACACGGCUCGUACAAGUCAACGUGUACGGCCACAUCAUCAUCAUCAGCACAGACCAUGCAGGGAAGGUCCAGGUGGACAACCUGUGGGAGAACCUACCCUUGAGCAUAGAAGACAACAGAUUAUCAAUCCAAAGCAAAGGCUGGAAAGCCAUCAUUCAGACCGGUUUCGGAUUGGAGGUGACUUUCGACUGGAACAGCCGAGUGACAGUCACUGUACCUGAAAGUUAUGCAGGCGCUAUGUGCGGUCUGUGUGGAAACUAUAACCAGGAUGGCAAGGAUGACUUGACUAUGAAGAACGGGCAGCUGACCCAAGUCCCAGCAGAGUUUGGAGCGAGCUGGAAGACAGAAAACAUCCCCGGCUGCAGUGACCAGUGCAAAGGAACGUGUCCAAACUGCGAUGUCACUCAGAAACGUCAAUAUGAGACCAAUGCAUACUGUGGCAUAAUGACGGAUCCGACUGGGCCGUUCAGAGAUUGCCAUGCCAAGGUGCCCCCUACAUAUUUCUUCGAUGACUGUGUGUUUGAUGCCUGCCUCUACAAGGGCAUGCAGACUGUUGUGUGUAAGGCUAUUAGUGGCUACGUCACCAAAUGUCAGGAGGCUGGAGCCCAGGUUUAUGCAUGGAGAAAAGACACAUUUUGCGCUCCUGUCUGUCCUCAAAACAGCCACUAUGAGUUGUGUGCCAGUGGAUGCCCAUCAACGUGUGCCAGUCUCACCACUGGCACCCAGUGCGAUGCUUUGUGUGAGGAAGGAUGCCAGUGUAAUGAGGGAUUCAUUCUCAGUGGAGUCCAGUGUGUUCCCAUUGCCCAGUGUGGCUGCAUGUACAGUGGCCGCUACUACAAGGCUGGGGAAAUGUUUUUCCCUGAUGGAUUGUGCACGAGUCAGUGCACGUGCGGUGCCAGUGGAGCUGUGCAGUGCCAGCCAAUCACAUGCGGGGAGAACGAGGCAUGCCAAGUAAAGAAUGGUGUGCAGGGAUGCCAUCCCCUAGGGGAGGGGAAGUGCACUGCUUCUGGGGACCCACACUACACCUCAUUCGAUGGGCUGAAAUUCGACUUCCAGGGCACCUGCACCUACACACUGGCAAAGCUCCUGUACACGAACGGCAGUCUUACACCUUUUGAAGUGCAGGUGGAGAAUGAGAGCUAUGGCAAAACGAAGGUGGCUGUCACUAGAAUGGUGGUCACUAAGGUGAAUGGUUACAGCAUCACUAUGGAGCAGAAGGUCCAAUGGAGAGUGAAGGUGAAUGGAAUCAAUACAAACCUACCCCUGAAACUGGACGAUGGAAAGGUUUCCGUGAUCCAGCAGGGUAAAAACAUCAUCCUUCAGACAGAGUUUGGGCUGAAGGUCCUCUACGAUUUGGUGUACUACGUGCAGGUGACCGUCCCUGGCAACUACCGGAACAAGGUAGGCGGACUUUGUGGCAACUUCAACGGCAACAAAAAGGAUGAGUUUGCACUGCAGGGUGGCGGACUCACAGAGAACGUCAAUGCCUUCGGGGCCAGCUGGCAAGUCUUUGUAGAAGGAGCCAAGUGCAACCAUGGCUGUGACCAGGACUGCCCCCGUUGUGACGAAACCAACAAGGCCAAGUAUAGCAAAGCAGACAGCUGUGGGAUCAUCUCCUCCACAACGGGCCCCUUCGCAGCCUGCCGCUCCAUCAUCAGUCCUGACAUUUACUUUGAAAACUGUGUCUUUGAUGUAUGCGCCACCGACGGGCUGAGGGACAUCCUCUGUAGGAAUCUGGAAGCCUACACUGCUGCCUGCCAGGAUGCUGGAGUCAUCAUCAAGCCCUGGAGGAAUGAUGGGUUCUGCCCAAUGACCUGUCCUGUGAACAGCCAAUAUGAUGUGUGUGCUGACACCUGUGGCAGCACCUGUGCCAGUGCCAUCACCACCCUCACCUGCUCCUCCAAGUGUUAUGAGGGCUGCCAGUGUGAGUCAGGCUACGUCUCUGAUGGGGAAAAAUGUGUGUUGCUGAAUAAGUGCGGCUGUGUUCACAAUGGGAGAUACAUGAAGGUGGGGGAGUCCCUUGUGUCUGAAGACUGCACAGAGAGGUGCAAGUGCACGGUCGAGGGGUAUGUAAGCUGUGGGAAGAUCAGCUGUGCCCCAGGGGAGAGCUGUGUGGUGCAAAGAGGAAUCCGGACGUGCGGCCGCACUCAUGCCAGCUGCAACCUGCUCUCCAUGGGCGGGCUCACCACGUUUGACAAGCUGAUGACAACACUGGGGUCGAGCGGAAAGUAUAAGAUGAUCACCCUCUGCGACAGCUCCCAGACUCGCUUCAAAGUCACCGCUGACCUAAACCUGGCUGCCCCGACACCGAUGACGAAAGCUAUUUACUUUAACUAUGAAGCCACGUCCAUCGUUUUGAAGCCGGAUCUGGUGGUUCUGGUGAAUGGACAGCAGGUGAUGUUACCAGCGGACAUAGGAGACAUUUCCAUCAGGCUGUCCCAGGGAACUGUCCUGAUUAAGCACAGCUCUGGGAUUGAGCUCAAGUACUGCAGCUUGGGUAACGUGAAGGUGACAGUGAGCGAGGCCUACGCCAGCCGGCUCUGCGGCCUGUGUGGAAAUUUCAAUGGGUUAAUCCCUGAUGACCUGAUGAUGAGAAGCAGCCGGAUUGCAACCAACAUCUUAGCCUUCCACACAGACUGGAAGGAGUGAGGGCUUUGCAUGAACCUCCGAGGCUGGAAAUCAAGCACCCAGCUCAUCACAUUCUUUAUUCUCUUGGUGUGGUUUUUCAAAUAGAAAAUUGUGUGGGUUUAAUUCUUAGGCGUUUAUUAAAUAUAUAAAACCAUUUGAGGGCGUAUCAAUCUGAUAUCUGAGGUUCUUUAAAAACUGGUAAGCAUUGAAUCAGACAUUUCAAAAACAGUAAUUGACAAUAGAUUAAUAGUUUAACACAAUGUGCCCCACUUUUGAUUGUAUGUCACUUCCUUGCCUGAGAAGCAAGAACCAGGCUUAAGUUUGUUGUUUAAGUGUCAGUCAUAGAACAUGCUCAUUACUGUUGGUAACUAUGAUUCACCUUAGUUCUACUCUGUACCAUUUACCAAUUUUGUAAGCAAACUUUUUUGUUUUUGGUGUUAAUUUCGAUGUGCUGUAGUUGACCUAUUUACAAAACAUUAAGGGCUGUUUAUAAACCAUAUUGAUCAUGUAUGUUAAACAAUGAGAAUAAACUUCCAACUUUCUCUGAAACAAAAUUAAAAAUAAAAACAGUCUAUAUGACGGUUGUGUGAAUAGUUCUUGUAAAAGUUUGUGAAUUGGGUCCACAGCCUUACAAUCAUUUACUGCCUGUGAUUACCUCUGUGCUUACUAUACUGGUUUCACAUUUCUAGAGAAACAUUUAUUUUCAUCUUCUUUCCAAUGUACCUGUAACAAUCACAAGGUAUCUUUUUCAAAGAAAUAAAUAAAAACAAAUGGU